ACGGUGGACUAUUGAGAUGCAAAUUGUCGCCGGCAUUCUUGCACGCAUCUACAAGCAAAUGUUUUCUUUUUGAAGAAAAGCAAAAAAAAAUCAAAGUCGAAUUUUGAAUGAAAUGAACAAUGCUCAAUUGUCCAUUGACCAUCAUUCAUUCUCCGAUUGAAAUUGUUGAGGGGAAAAGUUUCGAAUAAAAAUGAAAAAAUUUCAAUUUAAAAACUUCAAAAAAAUAUACAAAUCAAUGAUUCGAAACCAAAAUGUGCCUGUCAAAUUUUUUUUAUUGCUGAAAUAUGAACUCAGAACUGCAAUGUUUCUUCGUGUUCAUCAAAAUUGACGCUGAUUGACUUGUUCGUAUGACUUUAGUCGAAUUGGCGAUGUUGCAUUUAGUAAUGAUUCAUUGAGAGCAAAAAUCACAUCAAAGGGUUUUAGCACACACACAGCACAUUUAGUACCGAUUUGACGGCAUAUCGUCGUUUGAUAUUGCAAAUCUGUCACAAACAUAACCAAAACAUUGCCUUGUUCCGGUUCAUAUAGCUCAACAUCUCGCAAAGGUUAUUUAUAGCAAAAUCAACAGGAUUACACAAUGAAUUUGUGGAAAAAAGAGUCGUACGUGAAUUUGUUUCCGUUUGUUCCAGAUGACAUUGCACUCAAGUCGGUUCAACUUCUCAACACGUUGAGCUCACGUAAAAGUAACGAAAAGUCCACUGAGCUACGCAUGGAAGGUAAUACACAAUUUGGUACCGGCCAAUGGUCUGUGGCCAUGGAUUUGUACACAAAAAGUUUGUGCUAUGCUGAAACCGGAUCAGAGAAUGUUGCGUUGGCAUAUUCAAAUCGAUCAGCGUGUUUUGUCAAAAUGCGAAUGUACAAAGAAGCCAUUGUUGACAUUCAACUCGCCAAGGAGGCAAAUUUUCCUGAACGGCUGGUUCCAAAGCUAGAGCAACGUGAACGUGAUUGCCGCAAAUUGAUGUCUUCAGUUAAAACACCCCCAAAAUAUGUGUGCAAACUGAGCUACGCAGCAGAUAAGAAUUUCCCGGGCAUGGCUAAUGUGGUCGAGAUAAAAUGUGAUGAAGAAUUUGGUCGGCAUUUGAUUGCAAAGCGAGACAUUCCAGCAGGUCAAACUGUUAUGUUGGAGGACUGUUACGUACUGGUCAGAACCGAUGUACAUUUGUUAUGUCAAACUUGCUACUGCGCAAAUGCCAAUUUCAUCGCUUGUAAGCAGUGCCCCGAUGCGGUAUUUUGCAGCAACGAUUGCAUAAAUCGAAAUCAUUUCCACAAAUGGGAAUGCAACAUGCCCAAAGCAUGGAACGAUGAUAUUCAAUUCCAAAUCCGAGCUGUUGUGCGGGCAAUCGAAGCAUUCACUAACGUGGACGAUCUAAUGCAAUUCGUCGAUAGUACAUUGCGUGAAGAUCCAAAGAAAUUGCCAACGUCAAUGCAUGAUUCGAAAGCAAAGUACCAUUUCUACUUCAAGCUACAGAGACAGGAGUCAAAAUCAUCCGAACAAUUGGGAAUGGGCAAGAUGUACGAGAGCGUAGUAUCUAAUCCGAAGAUUGCCGCUUUGUUCAACACCACAGAGAAGCAACGGUUCCUGAUGCACUUGGUUGCCCACAAUAUUCUCAUCAUGAAAAAUAACUCACUUGGAAACGAGUCGAACCUUACAGUGGCCCAUUUACAUUCACUGAUGAAUCAUUCAUGUGCUCCGAACACAGCUACCUAUGCAGCUGGAAAUCAGCGAUUUACUGUGACCGUUCGGCCCGUUAAAAAGGGACAACAGCUGUGUUCGCCGUAUUUGGAUUGCACCGGUGUAAGAUCAUUGGAAGAACGACACACAGCACUCAAGUCUGGAUGGAAUUUCGUUUGCAAGUGUGAACAAUGUGUUUGCGACGAUAAACCCAUCAACGUGGAACAAAUCAUAUCUAACCCAUGCAUGCGAUUUGUGACUCAAAAUUUCGCUUACGAAGACAAACAACACGAUGUGAUGAAGAAAUGUCUCAGCUACUUGAACAACAAUGGACACCAGCGUUGGUCAAAGGAGAUGCAAAUGAUGGCCAGCAUGCUUGCCGGUGUCUAUAAGAAAAAGUAUUCGUAUUAAAUGGAUGGUAUCAAUGAAAUCAACACAGCCAAAUAAACCAAAAUGCUAAGAAGCAAUAACAUCGAGAAAACAGCAAAAUAAUAACAGAACCAAAACGAAGAUUGUCUCAAUGAAAAAAAUUUAAUUGAUAUUUAAUUUUUAAUUUAAAUUUGAAAGUUUCUAAUCAUUUGCAAAUCAAUUAAAAAGCAUUAAAUAAUGAGCACAGAACAUUCCAAAAUUAAAUAAUUUUUUGAAUAAAAAUUCAAAUGUCUUUGAAGAAAA